CCCCCCUUACCCUUUGGUCGGCUCACUUGCUCAUCUUGCAAGAAAGUAGACAAGGGGCGUCGGGAGGCUUGCCGGUGGUCGUGUGUUGCAGACGCUGCAGAGUGAAGAAAAGUUCGCGAAUUGCUAAAAAAGAAAAAUCUUCUGACUCUCUCUCUUUUUUCUUUUUUUUUAGUUUCUCGAAAAAAGUGUCAUCGAAGAAUUGUCUUUUUUUACAUAAAGAAGACGAAAAGUGAGUUUGUUUUUCUCUUCUUUUUCUUUUUUUUAAACUAAAAUUUCGUUCCGUUUUCUGUGGGAGAUCGCUGUUGAAAACCACUAAAAAUAUCAGACGCGAUUUUAAACAUUUUUCUCCUAAGGAGAAGAAGAAAAAAAAAAGAUGCAUCCACCCGCAGCUUUCUCUUUUCAUAUCCGCAUCCUCUUCUCCGCGACCUGAAAUAUAAAAAAAAAAAUCACUAGAGAAAUACCUAAAUUCUCCAAAAAAAUAUAAUAAAUAAAUAAAAAGCGACCUCUCCAUUUUCUAUAAAUCGUCUCCCUUGUGUUUACGUCCCUGUGAAGUAACCGACCGAUUCGCAAGUGCACGCGACUUUAGGCUCUGUGCGAUAAGGCGAUAGAGGCGGAUUUCGUUUAGCCCGAGACCGAGGCGUCGCACACGGCAACAUGGUGGACAACCCGAUGUACGGCAACAAGGACGAUUUCAUGCAGAAGGUCCCCUCCUUCGCAUCCGUCGGCGCCAGCAUGAGUUCCGGUUCGGGCGGCUCCACCAAGUACAUGCUGGGCGGGUCGUCGGCGCCCAUCCACCACCCGACCCGCUACAGCGUCAUGGGCAUGGGCAGGGUGCUGGACCCGUCGCGCCUGAGCCACGCCCUCCGCACCCCGACGCCCGAAGCCUCUCGCUACGAACCCAACUUCAUGCUGGGUCCCGCCACCACGCACGACUACUCUCGCUACGACGACCUCCCCGCCACCACGCACGACUACUCUCGCUACAACGACCUCCCCGUCACCCACUCCGUCGCCCUCCCCGCCGCAACGCCCUCAAGCCGCCGCAUGCGUCCGCCGUCGCCCAAACCGCAUUGGCGUUCCGAAUCCCGCUUCAUGGUGCGUCCGAAACUCAACUCGGAAAUGAAGCACGAAGCCCGGUACAUGCUACACCCCCCUACCCCGGAGAUGCCCAGGACUUUCGAGAACAAGUACGGGUCGUCGGGCAUGGAGAAGGGCGUCGGGGAGAAGGACCUGGGCACGGGGUCGACUCUCUACGACACCUAUUGGCACAUCCCGAGGGCGACGCUGUGGUGCUCACAUAAAGGCUGCGUGUAUGACUCUCAGCCGUGCAAGGAAUGCCAGUGGAAGCAGGAUGACUGUUCCUCGACCUGCUCCUCGGUAAAUCCCCCCCCAACCUUCACAGCCCUGGACAAGUACCAGCCCGUUCGCCCUCGACCCAAGUGCCACCAGUGCAGCUGUGGAAUCAUCUUCGCCAUCACCACCGUGUUUUCUCUCCUGGUCCUCCUCCUUAUCACGGGAUUUAUCCUCUAUAUCGAGAUGGUCCUCAAAUACCAGAGAGACAACGUGAAGGACCGGAUGUAAAGGGCGCUUCCUUCUCAGCGUCGGUAACCAUGGCAACGGCAGCGACACGCCCUUGGCCAUGAACGAAAGUCAUGAAUAAGAAGCAAUCGGAGAAUCUUCUUCUUCGCCCUCUUCUUCUGCUCCUCCCCCUCCCCCCACCCCUUCUCCCCAUAUACCAAAGACUUCUUUGUCUCACCAAAACAUGUUCCUCGAGUGCAUGACCGGUUGUUGUCAUGCACUCGAGGCUGGUAUAGACUCUUGUCCGUGACUGAUUUUACGUUUUAUUUUUUUCUUCUUCAAGUUAUCGGUUAUAAAAUUUGAAUCCGAUGGUGUGUUAACGGAUAUCAUUAUUCGUUUCCGUUUCGAGAAUUUCUAAAGAUUAAUGUAAAUCACUUAUGGAAAGAUAUGCCGCCUUAAACACAAUAUUGUUAUCAUAUCUAUACGUAUUAUUGUUUAUCCUGUUUAUUUCUCCUUUUAUCAUACACUGAUGACUAAAAUUUAGUCAUAAUAGUAGUAUUCACUUGAAUUCACUGGAUGAGUUCAUGAGAAAGAAAAAUAUAUAAAUAUAAAUAUAUUUACAGUGUAUUUCAGUCUUUGCUCUUGAAUUAGAGAUAAUAAAAAUAAACACACUAUGUCUUUCAAGGUAUAUGAGCUUACUAACAAUAAAUAUUCUUUGAUGCAAGUGUAUUUUGUAUCAGGUUUUGAAUAUGUUAAUCAUUUGCAUUAUUUCGAACACGUAAAAGAUCUCUCAUAAAGUGAAAGGGAAAAUUGCUUGCUUUUGAGCCCUCGUAACUGGAUAUUUUUUUUAUAGAAGAGCAGAAAAUAUAUUUUGAUAGAAUCACGAUUAAUAAAAACCAAGCUGUAGUUGCUUGUAAAUAUCUUAUGCUGCAAGUACUUCUGCAGGUUGAUUUUAGAUUAAAUAUUUUAAAGAAAAAAAAUAUAUAUAUACGUAUGAGGAACUACAAGUCGGUAUUUUUUCCUUUCACACAAGCAAUGGAAUGUAAUAUUCAUUUAUAGAUUACUGUGUACAUACUUUCAUCUACCAUUUCAGUCUGCACUGCUGAAAUGCUGGAUAAUUUCGUGAUGUGAUAGGGGUACUUUGCAGCAUGUUGCAAAUGUGUUGCAUACAGAGUAAAGUGAUAAAUUACUUAGCCACUUCUAAUCAUAGGUCUAUAUUUUAUACAUGAUUCUUGAGAAUUUAUAGCAUGCUUUUAUUGUAAUUCUCGUUCUGAUAUGUAGUUGUUUAGAAAAUACUCUGUGUAUUUGGGAAAAUAGUAUGUGAUGUUCUCGAGGUGUAAGGACAGCGUAUUAAAAUGUGGAAUAGUUUUCACACAGAUUAAAUCAUUGCAAGGAGUUAUUUUUGGGGGGGUUAAAAUGCGAAUAAAUUUGUCUGAUCUCUUCUGGUAAUAAUGCUAUGGCUUUUAUAGUUGCAGAUUUAGUGUGUAGUCCAGUAUCAUGAAACAUUUACAGACACGCUCACAUACUCACACACACUCACGCUCACACUCACACUCACACUCACACUCACACUCACACUCACACUCACACUCACACUCACACACACACACACACACACACACACACACACACACACACACACACACACACACACACACACACACACACACACACACACACACACACACACACA